GUCAUUACAUGAGUAGGGGAGGGUAUAAAGCAGGGUGAUGACGGGGCUGGGCCCCAGUGCCUGGACCAUCAUGGAGGUUGCUCUUUGGGUGUGCGUAAGUUUUCUCUGCCUGCAGGGCAGCUUACCCCAGCUCACACAUGGUGCAGACUGUACUGGGACAUCACAGGAAAAGAACUGUGUCAGCGGGCAGACCACCGGAGGAAAGAAUGAAGGGCUUGUGCGCCUGAAGCCCUCUGCUGCAAGAAAGACCCAUAACCAGAAACAGCCACAGAUGUGGCUAGGUGACGACUUGCCAUCGGAUGUGCUAUUGGACAGACAGAAGAGUCCUGGGUCCUUCUCAGCCAAGGGCUUCCCCAACACACUCAUCAAAGUUCAGACAGAGCGGGCCAGGAGACACCUAGGCCAGUUGGGGACCAAGAAGAACAAGUAUAAAUCCAGAGUGGGAUCCUUCUCUCUCCUCAGCAACAACCCCAGUGCCUCCCUACAGGUAACCAGGGUACGGAGGCAGGUGCAGAAUGAGAGGAAGAAGGUGAAGCCAAGAGGACGAGCUGGAGCGUAUUCCAUUAUGGGACGAGUCGCCGCCCCAUUCCACACAAUCACCCCCCUCCCAUGGAUAGAGACGCAAGAGGAGCGCACGGAAGAAGAAACAAUAUUGUUUGUUCCAAAAAGCAUUGAAUUAAACAAGUGAUUUGCUGAAGCGCUACUACUUUAAUGAACUGUACUUUAUAUAUUAUCUUUGUAAACAUAUUGGUUUUUACUUGUAUUUUAAAAUGUUAUAUUAUAAUAUAUAUGUAUAAUGGAAACACAUUGCUGAGGACAAGUAUACGGUAUCUUUGAGAGCCCCUUUAAUAUUGUAUUUUAUGAUCUGCUGAUUUACACUUUUUGUUUUUACAGAAUUAUAUUUUUGAAAAGGUGAUUCUUUGGUAAUUCUGUGCAUAUAUCAGAUUCAAAUUUAGUCAAAAUGUAGGAGGAUACGUCAUGAGAGCUUGCCCCAGCUUCUACAUCUGCAUUGCUUGCUGUUUGUACAGCGCUUUGUGACAUUGGCUGAUGUAAAAAGGGCUUUAUAAAUACAUUUGAUUGAUAAGUCUA